UUCAGGAGGAGCCUUUACCGCCGCUUUAGGAGCAGCUUUUUCCGUGGAAACUGGUCUCCCUGGAUGCUGAGGGAACCGGCAGGAUGGACUUCACUUACCUCUGGCUUCUGGCCUCCACCCUGAUGCUGAUGCACCAGUACCAAGCCUCCACUUCGCCCGCCAGCACAGCAGAGGAGGGCCACCCGGCCCAGCUCGUCCACCAGGCGCACCGCAGGGAGAAGCGCUGCUCCUGCGAGAACCAGAAAGACAAGGAGUGUAUUUUUUUCUGCCACAUCGGCAUCGUGUGGGUCAACACACCGAGCCACGUGGUGCCGUACGGCUUCGGCCCGGUCCGGCUCAGGAGGGAGCUCGGACGCUGCGCCUGCGUCGACUCGCAGGACUCCGAGUGUGUGAGCUUCUGCUCGGUCCACACACUCACGCGAGAGGAAAACACUCCCGUAAAGAGGAACUCUGCCACGUGGCUGCUGAGGCACAGAGCUGCAUUGUGGGAAAAACGGAGCCGGCACGCACUGGAGCGGCAGACCUGA